GAGCGGAGCCGGAGUCAGGUGACAUCGUGGCAGCGGUCGGCGUUGCGCAGUCGCAGUGGGCUGCAGUGGUCGGCGUUGCGCAGUCGCAGUGGGCUGCAGUGGUCGGCGAGGGGCUGUGAUGCGGAGACACGUUUUCCUAACGGGCCCCCCAGGUAUUGGUAAAACAACCUUAAUUCACCAAAUCAUAGAUGUAUUAAAAUCUUCUGGAGUUCCUGUUGAUGGAUUUUAUACUGAAGAAGUCAGGAAAAAUGGAAGAAGAAUUGGAUUUGAUGUUGUUACUGUAUCUGGUAAGCGAGGAACUUUGUCAAGGACUAGGAAUGAUGCAGAUGCUGCGAAUAGUGGGAGAUGUGAAUAUAGGGUUGGUCCAUAUGUAGUGGACCUACCGUCAUUCGAAUGCCUGGCUCUACCACUUCUCACUAAACUUAAUGGCAAAGAAGACAAAGAAAAAAAGGUGUAUGUAAUAGAUGAGAUAGGAAAAAUGGAGCUCUUCAGUGAACCCUUUAUCCAGGCUGUACGUCAAAUCCUAGAUGGAACCGAUGCCACUGUACUCGGAACUAUUCCGAUCCCAAAGGGAAAACCUUUGGGUCUUGUGGAAGAUAUCAGAAGCAGAAGGGAUGUUAAAAUCUUUAAUAUUUCAAGGGAUAAUAGGGACAGUAUUAUUCAAGAAAUUAUUGAAACAGUGCAAGGCUGUAGAAAGAUGAAUGGGAACUGAAGUAUCAUCAAGAACCUGAGGUUUGGGUUGUGAUAAUUAUGGCUUGUACGUGCUUCAUGAGCAGCACGAGCUUUUCAUUAGACUAUUCUUUAUCCUUUCAUCAUUUUGUUUCAAAGUAACUUUCAGAAAUGGAUAUUGAUUUAAUGUACUUCAAGUAGCUCAUCCUGCUUCCAGUGUACCAAGUGAUAAUUUGCUCAUGUGUAAAAAUGGUUAUUUUUAUUUAUACCCCUCAUUAAAGUUCAUAUUUUAAAUGUCAGUUGAAUCCUUCCUGAAUGUGUUGUUGAUCAUUGUGUAUGUAUAGCAUAUGAUUUCAAAGUUUGAAAACAUUUGUGAGGGAAAUUUAUCCUUCAUCAUGAAGUUAUUUCAAAUGCAGACAUUUUAAUAUGGGAAUGUAAGAAAUAGUUCAUUUGUUUUCGGUCUUUCGGGUAAGGAAAUUAUUUUGUCUUGAUAGUAAAAUGUAUUUAUCUCCAACUUUAAAAAGUACUAAGUGGAAGAGAUUCUGCUGCUCUUGAGUUCUGUAUUAAUAUUACUCCAGUCAUUCAAUCCUUGUAUAUUAAUAAAUUCCUGGAAAUGCUUUGAGUUAUUAUCAACAUUUCCAUGAGGCCUGUCCUUGA